ACGGAAUGGCCGCCGCGGCUCCCGCUCCGGGCGCCUCGCAGUGCCGGAGCCCCCGCUGCACGGCGGAGCGCCGGGGCGUCCGCCGCGAGCUCGACUCCUGGCGGCACCGGCUCAUGCACUGUGUGGGUUUUGAAAGUAUUUUAGAAGGGCUUUAUGGACCAAGGCUACGAAGAGACCUCAGUUUAUUUGAAGACUGUGAACCAGAAGAAGUGACUGACUGGUCUAUGGAUGAAAAAUGUUCCUUUUGUAAUUUGCAUAAAGAAAUAGUCAGUGAUCCUACAGCAGUUCUUGGUUCUUUGCAGUCAACGCCUACAGAGGAGCUGUCAUCUCAGGGCCAGUCCAACACUGAUAAAAUUGAGUGCCAAGCAGAGAAUUACCUAAAUGCACUCUUUCGCAAGGAAGAUCUUCCUCAGAACUGUGAUCCUAACAUUCCCCUAGUUGCUCAGGAAUUAAUGAAAAAGAUGAUCCGUCAAUUUGCAAUUGAAUAUAUUUCAAAAAAUAGUAAACUGCAAGAAAAUCGAAACGGUUCGUCAUAUGAAAUGAGUCUGAUACGUAAAGAUAUCCAAAUGAACCAAACUGAAAAUCCACUUCAGGAAGAACAAGAUAGCCCUCUAGACCUCACUGUGAAUCGAACACAAGAGCAGGAUGCUCAGCAAGGGGACGGAGUGCUAGAUCUCUCAACGAAGAAAACAAACUUGGAACAGUCACAGUACGAUGGGUCGUGUUCUGAAAAUUCAUUGUCUGGUACAGCUGCUGGUGCAAAACUAGAGGAAACAGCUAAAUUGGAAAGAGGAAACUCUACUCUAAACAAGGUGUUGGCUUCGUUAUGCUCGUAUCAUUGGCAUCAGAUUUUAGCCAUGUUGAAAUUUUUCAUCCAAGAAUCAUGUUAUUCAGGUUGCAAUAGCCAACUGCCUUACCCUCAAUAUUCUGAGAGAGAGGAAGAUGAGGUGCAUGCUCCAGGCUUCAGUUGUGAUGGCAACGUGCUGAUGAAAAGAUGCUGUUUACAAAAUGUAAGACCAAAUAAGGAUUGCUUGACGUGCCACUCAGUGGCCCCUGGGUACCUUAGCACUGUGGUGAACAAAGGAGAUUCUCUACUUUGCAAUCUUCAUGGGUGCUGUCCCAGACAACAACUGCAGAAGAACCAUUCCACCAGAGCAGAGUUGUAUACCUACCUCUUUUCAAGAGGGCAAAAGGGUAACAAGGGCAGUCGAGGCCGCAGCCCUUCACCUCCUCCAUUGUCUCCUGUGGAAGCUGAUGGGUACAAUUCUCUGAAGGAAUUGGCUGACGGUUCUUUAGCUUUAGAUAACAGACUUGAAAAAAGUUGUAACCAGCCUCCCCCUCUCUUUCCCGCUGAAAGAAAUUCUUCUGUACACAAACAGAAAGCUCAAACAUACAUUGCAGACGCGCCCAAUAACCUGCAGGAAGGCAUUCUAAGUGUGAAUCAAGAAAAUAGCCUUAUAAUUUCUGAUAAGCUUGAAAAGGUUGAAAGUGCUGAUGCGUUUCAGGAUUUAAUGGAUCGAAUCAAUGAGAAAUUGAAAUCAAUAGAAACUACUGAUACAGAAAUACUUGCAAAGUUACCUAAGAGUGAUGGGAGAACAGAAGCUGAUACUAAAUUACGGAGCUUCAUUACAUCUCUUUUACAUGAUGCUAAGGCAAAUGAUUAUAAUUUUACCGAGUUACUGAACCAACACGAUAAGGAAAUGGAAAAUAAAAUUAUCCAAACAAGAUUCCGCAAACGACAAGAAACUUUGUUUGCAAUGCAUAGUUCUCCCAGUUCAUCUCUCUUUAGACGACAGUCUUUGCAAAUCAAAAGAGAGUUGGCUAGCCUUGAUGAAACUUUCUUAAGAAAAAAGGCAAAUUCACAGAGAAAAAUUAAAAAACUUACAAAGAAUCACAAUUAUACUACAUUAAGAGAGCUUGAUUUGCCAAGUAAUGAAAAGAAAGAGGGGCCAUUUUCUCCUGCUAAGUCGAAGCUUUUGCCACUAUGUCAGGAAGAAACAAUAGAACUACCUCACGUCAGUUCAGAAACCAAUUCGGGUUUUGUGGCAUUUUCAGCAAGCAGCUCUACAACCUCUCAAACCAUUUUGGCUAAAACACAUGGAAACUGUGGAAUUGAACUACAUGUGGAUCCAGCUGGAGAUAAUGAUAGAGACCUGGAAAGGACGAGGCAUAAUAUUUUCUCUCCUCGGUGGUGCUCUUUGUACUUAACCAACAGUUUUUUAUUUAAAAAAAACACAAAAUCAAAAUCUACUGCUAGCGUGGGAAGGGAUAAAAUGCUCCAAGAUUUGCAAGCUAAGACAUGUAGCAAUGAAAAUAUAAAUCAGAUUAUGCAGAAAACCAAUCUACAUGUUGUUGUAGAGCGUUUGGAAGAUACACUAAAUAUGGCUCAAAGGGCGACAAAGCCCAUGUGUAACGGCUAUACAAUAUCGGGCAAAAAGAAAGACCUUCAAAAGUCUGACGCCAACAAUAAAUCUAAAAGUGGCCUCCUUAUUAGCAUGAGUGAAACUGGAAGUAAGGGACAAUAUGUGUUAUCACAGAGUCAUUUGCCGUGUAGAAAUAGUAACAAAAAUGAAUGUGUGCCAAAAAAAGAAAAUGUGUCUUAUGAAGAAUAUGAAAGACUUCUGAAGCCCUCAACUUUAGAUUCAAACCUGUUGACUUUGAAUAAGGAGGAGUCACAGGGAAAUUCUCAUCUGGGGGAUAAUUCAUCGACACUGAAUUACACUAGUCCUAUAAAACUUAUGUUCCUUUCUGAGAUUAAUAGCAGUGAAGGAGUCAAGUACACGCUGACCUCUGUAAAUGAUUCAUCCAAAUUAAACAUUGAUCUCUAUUCUCUUCGGCAGAAAACAAACAAGCUGUUGGCAAAACAAUUGGAGGCAAAGGAUUCUGAUGAAAAAGCUUCUGUUGAUGAAUGUGGUUGUAAUGGAAAUGGAGAUAGAAAUGAACUGAGAACUGGUUUUCCUACAACAGUUGCCGCUGAAACCAAUCCUAAGCCUGAGGAAGACCCUGUGGAACAAGGCAGCAAUGGAUCCUCCCUGAAAAGAAAACCAGGGAGACCCAAGAAAAUCGGUCCCCAAGCUGUGAAACAAAUUAAGCGCCCAAUUGGCCGACCUCCCAAACCAAAAGUUGAUGUGGCUGAAAAUGGUAGUGAUAGGAGGGAUUCCAUUAGUGCUGGGAAAAAUGCCAACUCUAACACAGAAUGCUUAGAGGAGGAUAACAUUUACAAAAACAUUACAGUGACAGUCGUAUUUGGAAGGUCACGAAGGACUAAGAGGUGUGUUUCAGAAGGUAGCCUAAAUACAGUUAAAACUGUUCCAGGACCUCGCAGCUACUGUGGUGUUGUAGGUGACCCUGAUCAAACGAUACAGAGCUCAGAUGCCAGGAACAAUUUGCCAAAAAAUAAAAGUAUGCAAUACUCUACAACAGAGAAGACCUCUACAUCUGGCUAUGAGUAUGUUAGACCACUAGAAAGCAGCCCUGUGCUACCAUCCCAUUGCAGCAAUGCCAGACCAAACCAGAAGCCUUUAAAUAGAAUUAGAAAACCUGGUAGGCCAGCAAAAGUGAAAAUAUCUGGCAUAUCAGUGACUGUUAAUCAGAUUUCAUCUCAGGAAAGAAAGGUGUGUAUCGACAGCUGCCUGCCUCCCUUAGAACAAGACGCUGCGUCAGGAAGAAAUGAAUCGUCUAAGAAGGAUGCUAAGCAGUGCAAUAAAAGAGAUGGUUUUAAAAGCCUUUGGAAUGAUGAAGCGGGGAAUUUUUCACCCAAGUUUAUCAUUGCUUCAAAGAAGCCUGAAACUCAAUUGAGACACUCUUUUAGAAGACCAUCACUGCCUUUUUUACAUUCAUUAGCAUCUUCUAACUCAUUUUCUUGUAAACGUGCCUUUUUACAUAAACCAUGUAAACUCUGCUUGAGAAAUGGUAAAGAUCACAAAAUAAAGCAUUCAAAUACGCCACCCAAACAUACCUCGAUAAAUGUAAGUCCUGACAAUGCAAAAAAUAGUUCUGAGAAUAGUGAAUCCAGAUCCAUGAGUGACCUGACAUUGGGUCCCUUAAUUUCAUCCAAUUCCCUUAGAUGGUGGGAUCCUUCCAUUUCUAAUGAUUCCUUGUUAAAAGAACUAAACAGUAGAUAUGACCAGAUAACUAAGACCUGGUUGCACGUGAAUGGGGAAGAAUAUGAGAAAUGUCUGUUUGAUGGAGCACGCCAUCUUGAACAAGAGGGUAGCAUUAAAGUAUCAAAUCCUUUGGACUCCUGCAUUUUGGAACUGGAAAAUUCACCUAUAAAAAUGCUUUUCCAGAAAAAAUGCAAUAUCGAUGAACUGUGUGCGUGGUUUAUGCAAACAACAGAAACACAAUCACUAUCACUAGUCAGAAAAGCAAAUGCUCGUAAUCCUUUUGAAGUAAUUAGUACAAGGCAGUUUAAAAUGGGAACAAGACAAUAUGAUUGUAAUACUAGUCCUUUGAGAAAGCACUUUAAAAAAUUUGCACUGUCCACACCUUCAAAAUCAACAGGAAAGUUGCAGCUUCUGCAUAAAAUAGUCAGAUCUCAAGUCUUAAGCAGGAAGCAUAGCUUCACCUUACCUAAGUUAAGAACCAAAUUUGAGAGCUUGCAACAUGACCGAUGGCGACAAGUGAAAAAACUGUACAAUCAUGGAACAGCUGACUGGAAAUCAAAAAAGAGAAACUUGCGAUUCUUCUGCCAAAGUCAGUGUUUGACUAAUGCAAGUAGGAGACUUAACAACAAAAUAUGUACGAGCCUUGAGAAUGGCCCAGUAGAAACUCGACCACCUACAACUUUGUUUGAAUCGUACAGAAUCACUUCAGCAACUGGAAAUGAAAUCGGAGAUGCAUUUCUUCAACAAGAUGCACAAUUGUCUGACCUCAGCACGAAGUGUGACUCCAUCUCAAAUUGUAAACCGAGUACUAAAGCCACGUACGGCAAUCAGCAAAAUAUUGAAAAAGUGCACACCCCUGAUGAAUUUAGUGAGGGCACUUGGAGAGGGCAAACUUUUAAGGAUUGUCGAAUAUUUUUGAAGAAGAUCAAUCCGGUGGAGGAAUGUGCAUUUAAUAAUAACGUUGCCAUCUGUACUCCAGCAUCUGUGGAUUGUCGUGCCAGCCACAGCCACUGCCUGGAGAAAAGCCGUCGUUCUCGGAGGUCGCCCUCGGCUCAGCAGAGCCUGGCCGAGAGGGGCGAAGGGCACGGAGGGGCUCCUGACCGGGCCAGGCACUGCAGCUUGCUCAAAGGGCUGCGCGUGGAGCAAGACUGCAAGACGUCCAGCAAACGCCUGGCUUUGGAGGACGGCCCUAUGGAGAGCCCUAAAAAAAUGAACAAGCGGAGAAAGAUGCAGUGCAAGUUCACUGAGCUGAACAGAAGAAAAAGGAAUAAGAAACGGUUAUGCAGCGCCGGCCAAAUGCCAAACUGUUACUCAAAAUACCACCUGGGUCCUCUUAAGCCCGUUGGGCUGCCUUUGCUGGGUGGACUUGCUAGCAGAGCCGUUGAAUACUCCAUGAUCCCAUUCCAGUUGCCUCUCCAUGGAAGCUCUCAAGUAAAUCCCAUGAAUUGUUAAAAUGAAUUCAUCUGUCAUCCCAGAGAAGCAUGCAAUACUGUGAAUGAUUGUAAAACUGAGCAAGUCAUUGCUGUACUAACUAAACAAAACUGCUUUGAAGAGCUAGACACUCAAACUCCUUUCUGGAGGCUGCGUUGAAUUGAAUGGAAGUUGUGGCAAGAUGAUCUAAGAGCUACUUUUGUUGAUGCACAAGUUAGUGAGAAGCUGUCCUAUAGGAUGGUGCCCAUGUUUAUUAUGCGAAGGAUCUAAGGACUGACUCCUCGGGGACAUGCCUGUCAAAGUAUCUUAAGAAUGCUAACCAGUCUAACCAUAUGGUUGCACAUUGGCUUCCAAAUGUUACCCCCUCACCCCUCCCACCCCCCGAAUAAUAGUAUAGUGGGACUGCUUUUUUCUCUUUUGUGACAUGUUGCAUGCGUAUUAGGAUAUGCAUCUUAAGAUUCAACAAAGAAAACUAAGAAGGGAACCCACCUAGCAGAAUGUAUCUGAUAGAGCAACUUCAGAAACCUCGGUGUAGCCCUAUUUUUCCAUUAUGUGUUAAAAAU